UCUAGCAAGCUAGUAGCAAGCGGUACUAGCUAGCUAGGAGAAGCCAUAGGUCGCCAGAAUAGGCAGCUACUUGGUUCCUUUUCUGACCUAGGGCUGUCCUCGAUUGCCAGACUGGCUUCUCAGCUUCUCUACUCUCUACUACUGAAGUGCUUGGUUUCUUUUGGAGAAGGCUCACAGAGAACUUGGCUUGCCAGAGCGUUGGCCACCAGCUAGCUAGGUAGCAAGAGUAGGAGCAAUAGGUCAUUCAAAGCACUCGUAGCUAGUAGAGGUACCGGUACAGCUAAAGGUACUAUAAUCUAUAAUCUAUAAUUGCCAGCUGGCCGUUGCAGGCGUAACGGAAUUAGACUAUUGAAUUCGAACAUUCGAACGUACAUGUACUUCGGACCAUGCUACUCUUGAGUCCAGUCUGGGCUUCUGGAGAUUACGAGUACAGUAGUCUCUAGACUAGAUCUAGAAGCAGGUUCGAAACCUUCCAACUCCAGACAGAGAUGGAGCCCGAAGCAGAACUUCCUUUCUCCCAGACAUAACCGGUACCAGUGUACCAGAAACCAGAACAAUCCACCGCAGUCCAUACAUCAUAAUAAUAUGUUAUGUCCCGGUACCGCCAGAGCAAUUUUUAAUUUCUAUGGAAGGCUUUCCGGUUUCCGAGCUAGCCUUUGACCUAGCGUAUUAAUGAGUCAUUGAGUCUACUCUUUCAGUGUCUUACAGAGCAGAUAUUAAAUAUCAAGUUCUUCCAGGCUUCUCGAAUGUUUCUUUUCGACCUUCCUUCGAAGACCCAUCUGCCCUUGGUUUCUUGACCAUCCAAGUUGACAUGUUGACAUCCAACAUUCCCCACUCUUCUAUCUUCCAUCCCCCAAGAGCUCAAAGCAAAAUCAGUAUUUUCUCCUUCCAACUCUCUCACAAUCCAUAAACUGCAAAACCAAAAAGCAGCAAGCAAAACACUCCCACCAACCGCUCUAAUCUAAUCUAAUACUCAACACAAAGAUGAAGUUCUUCCGCUCCUUGACUUCUGACUCUGUCAGCUCCACCGCCUCUUGCAAGUCCAUCUCUUCUUCCAGUAGUAGCCGAAGCAGCAAGAAGCCUCUCCGUUCCCGCGGCGAAUUCAUUGCGGAUUCCAUGAAGCACAUGAGCAGCCAUGACGUGAUUGAAAUGCUCGAGAUGUACGGCAGCACCGAUGGCAACAUGGCCAUGGAUUGUCUCCAGAGCCUCAAGGUCUCACCACCUGUCACCUCCAAGAAGCACCGAAGCAAGAGCAAGCGAUCGUCCAGCAGCCGUGGAUCAACCUCCUCUUCCUCUUCUUCUGGCGUGUGA